AUUUAUUUCAAAAAUAGAAGAAGCGUUGAAUGACUGGAAACUUAUUGGAAUUUCUUCAGGCAAACCUCUAGAAAAGGGUAUAUAUACCACAGGAGCAUGGGAAGAGAAAUCAGAUGAAAUCUCAUUUGCAGACUUCGUGUUCUCCAUUACUCAUCAUUAUCUUGUACAAGAACCCAGUGACAAAGAUGGGAGAGAAGAACUGGUAGAAGAUGCCCUUCCUCUGCCUAUGCAGGACUUGCUGUGCAUGAACAAUGACUUCCCUCCUAGAGCUCACUGUCUGGUAAGAUGGUAUGGCUUACGUGAGUUUGUGGUUAUCGCUCCGGCUGCAAAUAACGAUGCAGUUCUUAGUGAAUCCAAAUGUAACCUCUUGCUGAGUUCCAUUUCCAUUGCAUUGGGGAACACUGGCUGCCAGGUACCACUGUUUGUGCAAAUCCAUCAUAAAUGGCGACGAAUGUACGUUGGAGAAUGUCAGGGUCCAGGAGUUCGAACUGACUUCGAAAUGGUUCAUCUUCGCAGAGUGCCAAACCAGUACACUCAUUUAUCGGGAUUGCUGGAUGUCUUCAAAUCCAAGAUUGGAUGCCCCUUAACACCACUGCCUCCCAUCAGCAUGGCUAUUCGGCUUACAUAUGUGCUUCAAGACUGGCAGCAGUAUUUCUGGCCGCAGCAGCCACCAGAUAUAGAUGCUCUAGUUGGGGGAGAAGUUGGAGGCCUUGAGUUUGGGAAGUUACCAUUUGGUGCCUGUGAGGAUCCUAUUAGUGAGCUUCAUUUAGCUACGACAUGGCCUCACCUAACGGAAGGUAUAAUUGUUGACAAUGAUGUUUAUUCUGACCUGGAUCCUAUUCAAGCACCCCAGUGGUCCGUGAGAGUCAGAAAAGCAGAUAACCCUCAGUGUCUGUUGGGUGACUUUCUUACUGAAUUCUUCAAGCUUUGCCGUCGCAAGGAGUCCACUGAUGAGAUACUUGGAAGGUCUGCGUUUGAGGAGGAAGGAAAAGAGGUUGCUGAUAUUACCCAUGCUUUGUCGAAGCUCACGGAGCCAGCACCAGUCCCAAUCCAUAAAUUAUCAGUCACAAAUAUGGUUCACAGUGCAAAGAAAAAAAUUCGCAAACACAGAGGUGUAGAUGAAUCACCUUUAAACAAUGAAGUUCUGAACACUAUUCUUCUGUUCUUAUUUCCUGAUGCUGCUGACAAACUCGCAGAUGGAUUUGAAAGCAGAAGUAGCACUUCAGCAGGAAACAAUCCUCCUCCAGAGAAUGAAGAUUAUAAUCUCUUCAGUCAAUUUAAAUCUGCUCCUUCUGAUAGUCUGACAUACAAACUAGCUUUAUGUCUUUGUAUGAUAAACUUCUACCAUGGAGGAGUAAAAGGAGUGGCACAUCUUUGGCAAGAGUUUGUGUUAGAAAUGCGCUACAGAUGGGAGAACAACUACCUUAUUCCAGGAUUAGCGAGUGGCCCUCCGGAUCUGAGGUGCUGUUUACUGCAUCAGAAACUUCAGAUGUUAAAUUGUUGCAUAGAAAGAAAGAAAGCAAGAGAUGAAGGGAAAAGGGGGAACGUGUCUGAUCGUUCACCUGGUGAUGCUGGAAAAGGAACAGACCACUCUGGGGAUAACCCUGAUAAGGAAAAAGAAGUUGGCAAGUCUUGGGAAUCGUGGAGUGACAGUGAAGAGGAAUUUUUUGAGUGUCUAAGUGACACAGAAGAUCUUAAAGGAAAUGGGCAGGAAAAUGGAAAGAAAGGAGGAGCAAAAGAAAGCAACAAAGAUCCUGUAAACUUAAAACCAGAAGGUCGUCUACAUCCCCACGGAAAGCUGACGCUGCUGCAUCCAGGAGAGCCUCUCUACAUUCCAAUAACACAGGAACCAGCACCCAUGACUGAAGAUUUGCUGGAAGAACAGUCUGAGGUACUGGCAAAACUAGGGACGUCAGCAGAAGGUGCUCAUCUUCGGGCACGCAUGCAGAGUGCCUGCUUGCUCUCAGACAUGGAGUCUUUUAAGGCGGCUAACCCUGGCUGUUGUCUGGAGGAUUUUGUGAGGUGGUACUCCCCUCGGGAUUACAUCGAAGAGGAAGUGGUUGAUGAAAAGGGGAACAUCGUAAUUAAAGGCGAGCUGAGUGCCCGAAUGAAGAUUCCCAGCAACAUGUGGGUAGAGGCCUGGGAGACAGCAAAACCGGUCCCAGCUCGGAGGCAGAAGAGACUGUUCGAUGACACCAGAGAGGCAGAGAAGGUGCUUCAUUACCUUGCAAUUCAGAAACCAGCUGACCUUGCAAGGCAUCUCUUGCCUUGCGUCAUCCAUGCAGCUGUACUCAAGGUAAAGGAAGAAGAAGCACUAGAAGAUAUAUCUUCAGUUAAGAAGAUUAUUAAGCAGAUAAUAUCUCAUUCCAGUAAAGUUCUACGAUUCCCCACUACAGAGGACAAGAAAUUGGAAGAAAUCAUUGCUCAGAUUAUGAGUGUGGAAGCUAUCAUUGCUAGGGCCAGGUCUCUGAAAGCAAAAUUUGGGGUAGACAAGUGUGAAAAUGAGGAGGAAAAAGAAGAUCUACAAAGAUUCGUAAACUGUCUCCUGGAGCAGCCAGAAGUGUCAGUUGUUGGUGCAGGAAGAGGACCUGCUGGUAGCAUUAUUCACAAGCUGUUUGUGAAUGCUCAAAGGCUGACUGAAUCUUCUGACGAGGUUUCCGCAGUGCCUCCACUGGAUGAAGAACUGAGGAGAUCGGGCUCAUCAGAGGAGCGACGACCCAACGCGGUCACUGUGCCGGAUUUCCCACCGCCCACGGGGCGCGAGGUCAUCUUGCGCACGACUGUCCCCCGGCCCGCCCCAUACUCCAAACCGCUGCCCCAGCGCAUGUACAGCGUGCUGACCAAGGAGGAUUUUCGACUUGCAGGCGCCUUUUCAGCAGACACGACCUUCUUCUGA